ACACGCGCUUCUGCUGCAGGUGAGAGGCGCGCGCUGGACAGAGGGACCGUCCUCGCGCUGGAAUUUUAAUACCACAUUCCUAGCAUCUCUGCCAGGAUUAUAACUCCGUUAUUGCUCAGUUUUGCAUUUUGCCUUAACGCUGAACGGCACUGCGGAGAUUUUCCCCAUUUUUUUUCUUCGUUCUCUGGUGCAAGUGAGAGAACUAUUAUAGACGCUGAGUGGACUGGAGAAAUCUGUGCGCGCGGACACGGCACACGGAUAGGACUGAUCUUUUGCGGCUUAUAACCACAGGACAUGAAGUUCUGAUAUUUCAGUUUCCAUUCCGUAUGGUGGGAUAUCAUCUGGAGAGGAGAGUUCGCAUCUGGGAAGGCUGGAUUUAAAACCUUAUCAGUUGAUUGCGCAAUGGAUUGAAUAUCUGGCUUCGAUGAUUUUAAUGAAGAUUCGGCGAUGUCAAGUCAUGGCAAAUACGGAGUAGUCUCAGCAAGUAAUUUAUGGCAUGUUUAUUUCAAGCUUAAUACUGAAUGAAUUUGUAAAGACUUUCUGUCAAUGCUGUGUAUGUGUUUGAGAGACAAAUCUAUACAAAAAUAGGGAAUAGCGCGAGUCUAGUCUGAGAGGGGAAAAUAUAACAGAUAUGCGCUAGUUUGGUUACCACAUAGAGGUGCCCGGUUGUGAAAACGCAUGCAGUGAGACAGGAGCGUUAACACAAGCAAGAAAAAGCUGUUAAACAUAAUUCACGUUCAGUUUUGCUGGAAAAGCCGCCACGAGCAAUGAGGACUACAGGCAUUGUGGACUAUUUAAGCUACUGCUUUCUUAUUCUGCAGCUGCUGAGUCAGCCCGCAGCCAAGCAAGUGCUCCGGUACCGCCUGGCUGAGGAGGGUCCUGCCGAUGUCCGGGUAGGUAAUGUAGCCGCGGACCUCGGCAUCACGGCAGGCAUGGACGUGACUUUUACACUUGAAUCAGGCUCCGAGUACUUCAAAAUCGAUAAUAUGACCGGAGACCUCAGCACAAACGAGCGGCGAAUAGACCGCGAAAAGCUGCCGCAGUGUCAGAUGAUUUUUGAUGAGAACGAAUGUUUUAUAGAUUUCGAAGUGUCUGUGAUAGGACCCGCGCAGAGCUGGGUUGAUCUCUUCGAGGGCAAAGUGAUUAUUUUAGACAUUAACGACAACACGCCGUCUUUCCCCUCACCUGUUCUCACGCUCUCCGUUGAGGAGAACCGACCCAUUGGCACACUUUAUCUCCUGCCCACUGCCACCGACAGAGAUUUCGGUCGGAAUGGAAUUGAGCGAUACGAGUUAAUUCAGGACAACGGCGAGAGCACUGUCAGACGAAUCGGCACUUCCGGCUCGGGCAGUGUUGACAGUCACUCGGGCAAGCGGAGGUUCGACGAGGGAGCGAGCCGUAGCAGCGUCUUUGAACUUCAAGUUGCUGACACCACAGACGGCGAGAAGCAGCCGCAGCUAAUUAUCAAAGGGGCUCUGGACAGAGAACAGCGCGACUCCUAUGAGCUGACUCUGCGGGUUAGAGAUGGGGGCGACCCCCCACGCUCCUCCCAAGCCAUUCUUAGAGUAAUGAUCACAGAUGUAAAUGAUAACACCCCACGCUUUGAGAAAAGUGUUUAUGAGGCUGACCUACCAGAAAACAGUUCCCCAGGGGCCCCCAUACUCCAGUUAAAGGCAGGUGACACUGACGUUGGCGUUAAUGGACAGAUCGAGUAUGUUUUCGGAGCAGCCACAGAGUCAGUGCGACGACUGCUGCGGCUUGAUGAGAGCACUGGCUGGCUCAGUGUUUUGCACCGGAUUGACCGUGAAGAUGUGAGCCAGCUUCGUUUCACAGUCAUGGCACGUGACCGUGGUCAGCCUCCUAAAACUGACAAGGCGACAGUGAUCAUAAACAUCAAAGAUGAAAAUGACAAUGUCCCUAAUAUUGACAUCCGAAAAAUUGGACGCAUCUUUCUGAAAGACGGCGUGGCUAAUGUGGCAGAGGAUGUUAUUGUCGAUACACCCAUUGCUCUGGUCCAAGUGUCAGACAGAGAUAAAGGACCAAACGGCAUAGUGACAUGCACUGUAGUGGGUGAUGUUCCUUUUCAGUUGAAACCUGCCAGCGAGGUCGAAGGUGACAUGAAUAAAAAGAAGUACUUUCUUCACACAUCAGCACCACUUGAUUAUGAAGCCGUGCAGGAGUAUAACGUGGUCAUUGUUGCCGUAGACUCUGGGAGCCCUAGUCUCUCUAGCAACAAUUCGCUAAUAGUGAAAGUGGGGGACGUGAAUGACAAUCCACCAGUUUUUAGCAAAAGCACAGUGGAGGUUUCAUUUCCUGAAAACAAUGCUCCCGGUGAGCGUGUUGUCACAGUAGUGGCCUUAGAUGCAGACAGUGGCAAAAAUGCUGAAAUCUCCUACUCCCUGGACUCCUCUGUGAACGGAAUUUUUUCCAUCGAUGCAGACACCGGUGACAUCCGUGUCAACACCAUACUUGACAGGGAGCAGACGGAACGAUAUGAGUUCAAAGUUAUUGCCAAAGACAAAGGCAUGCCGGUUCUGCAGGGCUCAGCCACGGUGGUAGUUUUGGUAGCAGAUAAAAAUGACAAUGAGCCAAAGUUCAUGCAGGAUGUGUUCACUUUCUAUAUACAGGAAAACCUUCAACCCAACAGCCCUGUUGGCAUGAUUACAGUCAUGGACGCUGACAAAGGGCAAAAUGCAGAUAUGAGUCUGUACAUUGAGGAGGAAGAGAACAUUUUCUCCAUUGACAACAACACAGGUACUAUUUUCUCAAACAUGGCUUUUGACCGUGAGCAAAGAAACAAUUAUUCAUUCCGUGUCAAAGCUGUUGAUGGUGGCGAUCCGCCUCGGUCUGCUACAGCCACGGUAUCUCUCUCUGUAAUGGAUGUAAAUGACAAUCCUCCCACUGUUCUUUUUCCAAUGAAUAACUCAUACACGCUGCUCCCACCCUCUAGCAACAUAAGGACAGUGGUCAGAACGGUCUCUGCCACUGAUACUGAUACAGGUGUUAAUGCUAACCUCAGCUACAGAAUUGUUGGAGGCAAUCCGUUUAAACUAUUUGACAUGGAUGCAUGGACAGGAGUGAUCUCAUUAGUUGGCAAACUAGAGCAAAAGCACUUUGGCCUUCAUCGGCUGGUCGUGCAAGUGAAUGACAGUGGGGUUCCAUCCCAAAGCACCACCACAUUAGUUCACAUCUAUGUCAACGAAACACUCUUCAACUCCACUAUCGUAGAGGCGCAGGUUGCCAAAAGUCUCAGUACCCCACUAAAUGCUGACAUCGCAGGAGACCCCAACUAUGACUUGGGAAAGCAACGGCUCAGCAUUGCCAUAGGGGUUGUGUCAGGCAUCAUGACAGUCAUUCUUAUCAUCCUUGUAGUUGUCAUGGCCCGCUACUGCCGUCCCAAGAACAAGAACGGCUAUGAGGCUGGAAAGAAAGACCAUGAGGACUUCUUCACACCUCAGCAACAUGAUAAAAGCAAGAAACCCAAGAAAGACAAGAAUAAGAAAAAGUCCAAGCAACCUUUAUACAGCAGCAUUGUAACCGUUGAGGCAUCUAAGCCAAAUGGACAACGCUAUGAUGGCGUCAACGAGAAACUGUCGGACAGUCCUGGAAUGGGCCGAUAUCGCUCAGUCAACGGUGGCCCUGGAAGCCCAGAUCUUGCUCGCCAUUACAAAUCCAGCUCACCCUUGCCCACCGUUCAGCUGCAUCCUCAGUCGCCCACGGCGGGAAAAAAGCACCAGGCUGUUCAGGACCUGCCACCGGCGAACACUUUUGUCGGCACUGGAGAUAACAUAUCCAUCGGAUCAGACCACUGUUCUGAGUACAGCAGCCAAACAAUCAACAAGUACAACAAACAGCCGUUCCGCCGAGUGACCUUCUCGGUGGUGAGCCAACCCCAGGACCCGCACCAGGGCUCGCUGCAGAGCUGCUACGACAGUGGCCUGGAGGAGUCGGAGACGCCCAGCAGCAAGAGCUCGUCCGGCCCCAGACUAGGUGCCCUCCCUCUACCCGAAGACGCCUAUGAGAGGACUACGCCCGAUGGCAGUGUCGGUGAGGCAGAGCAUAUGGAAAAUGACUCUCGGCCCCUGCCUGACGUAGCUAUGACGGGCAAAUGCACGCGGGAGUGUGACGAAUACGGCCACUCGGAUGCCUGCUGGAUGCCUGUGCGCACCUCGCCUGAACGUAGGCCUAAGGCCACCCCUCCCAAACUCUCCACCUUCAUGACCUCCCCCGGAGGCAGCAUUGCUGACCAGCCUGGCAGCCAGGAGACACUAGCUGUUGCCAACGGUGACCCCUCACAUCUGCUGGGCGACCGUAACCGUAAUCUCCUGAACAAGAAGAUGGCAUCCUCCUCCUCAUCCUACGAUGCGUUUACUUCAGCUGGAUUUUCCGCCAGCGAGGACACAUCUCGCCCGACCGAGGAGAUUCCGCUAGCGCCCACGGGUGAAUACAAGCCGACGCAAUGCGGAACUCUGACCAGGCGGGAAGUUUACCUGUAAACGACACACACCGACUAUCUGACAGUGACUCAGCAUGGUCAGAGAUACUGUUAGCAAACCAAACCCUAAGACUUAAAAAGCGACAUGGAUUUUCCUCAAACUGCUUGCAAAACAAAACUGAAAUCGAGUAGAAACCACGGAAUUACAUGUUGUUGGAUGUGUGUGUGCGCGAAGGAUGAGAUGGAGGAAGGGGGAAGUGGCCGAGGUGGAGAGAGGGGAAUGCUGGUGGAUCAGUGCUACUUUUGCUGCUAGCGUAUCAGGCCCCGUAGACUUCCCCAAAGUGCUGCCUGGUUUCUCUAGACCUCUUUAUAAACAUGCAUGCAUCAUCUAGCCCCUUAAGAGUGUGUGUGCCCCUUGAGAUGGAUCUGAUGGACUAUAGCUUUUUGUCUUUGAUUUUGUAACUGUUGCUAUGGGAACCGAGAAGACGUUCUGUCUUUUAAUCCGUUUUUAUUUGGAAGUGUUUUUAUGUGGAUGUAUUCUGUCCAUAUGCAAUCAGUCAAAAGACUGAACUGUCCACUCUGGACGACCAAUCACAUUAACAAAGAAGAUGACAGGCUAACGAUGGACAAAAAAUUCAUCAUUGAUGAUGUCAGAGUGCUUGUUAUGUCGUCAUUGACUUUAGCCUUUUACAAGGGUUUGUAGAUACAAAAAUGGCGCAAGUGAACAGCGUACGCGCUGUAAACGAUGAACUCACAGUGCGAGAAGCAAGUUUACCUGUGUGCCUAUCAACCUUGCGUAUACCCAUGAAGGAACACAAGCAUACACAGAUCCACUAAUGCACGUUUUUUUGUCGUGUGGGUGAAGUAUUGUACAUGUAUAAAUAUAUAUAUAAAUAUAAAUACUGUAAACAUACUCUUGACACAUACAUCAAAAUCCCGUAUCCAUCCCACUCCCAUACACCCGUGGAAGUAGAUGGAGGUUCUGAACAUGCCAGAGAUUAUCAGUUAUAUGCCAUGGGUUUGUGCAAAUGUGGCUCAUUCCUCUAUAGAUGUGUGAAACUAUGCUUAUUUUGUGGCCUCACACAGUAAAACACACACACAAACAAAAUAGAUCCCCUUGCAUUGUACAUACACAUUAUAAUUAUCCCAUAAAGCCACAGGAACACUAUUUGGAGAUGCUGCUGGGGUGAAUUAGUCUAAUAAUAUCGCCCUGCUGAAGAGCUUGGGCUGGCCCUGUGUAACAUUCCUAGUAUGAAUGUUAAAUAGAGCAAUAAACUCAUUCAACAGAUUCAAUCUCACAUGCUUCAGAAGAGUAAUCAAAGAUGAGAACUCGUGUCCCUCGUGUAGCAGUCAGAGUCAACUGAAUACUUGUACAAUCACAUUCAAAGUUCGGAGACUACCAGCACGACAGGAGCGAUUCCAAUGUGACGCACGAUGCCGCUCUAUAACCAAAGUAUCGGGAACAACGUGACAUGAUGUCUCAAAGAACUGGGACAGGAAAGCUCCUUUUUUUAGGUCACAUGUUGCUUUAAUUACCUUCAUGUACGAUUCGGUGCCAUGUGUGGAAUCCACAUGCACACUUACACAUGCAUCUUGGGCUUAUCCCAAAUCGAGGAGUAAACUUACAGUAGGAGUCAUCACGCUUUUACAAACGGUGGUAAAUUAUUCAGAUGCAAUUGAUUAAUUUUAUUUAGUUUUUUUGUAUGUUUACGAUUCCUUGAGUUUGAAUGGACUGCCUUUUUUUCGCAGCUUCCAGAUCUGUAGUCUGUAUGUACUACUCGUGUUUAAAAGAAGUGCUCUGAUGCUUACAAACUGUAUACAUAGAUAUGUACUUUUUAUUGCACGUUUAAAGGGAAUCUACACUUACUAUGAAGAAGAAGAAAAAAAAAAGUGUACAAAUAUCAUACCCUGUGAACAUGGAGGUCCACUGCUUGCGUUUGUUACAAACAGACACUAGACAUUGUAGUAUGACUAUGUAUAUUGAUUUGACGAGGAUGGAAAAGAAUCACACACACUCGCGACUCACUGAUUCAUUUAGGAUCAUAUCAUCCAUUGCUUAUUUAUCAGAUUUAUUUAUAUUUUGUUUUUAAGCGCGAAGGUACUUUUUUUACCCCAUGCUUCUGUACUGUUUAUAGUCUUUCUCACAGGAAACUGUACCUUUGAUUAUGUAGAAAAUGAGGAAACUUGAUUCCAAAACAAUUCAAAAGGAGUCUUGCGUACCUCGCAACUUGCAGUUAUGUUUGUUUUCCAAAUAUACGCUCAUAAUGAUGCCCUCUUCAGAUCUCAUCAGUCAUAUCUUUGCCCUUCCUUCUCAGUGCCACUUUGUAUAUGUAGUGCUUCUGUAAAAAAGAAACAAAAAAAAAGUAAAAAAAAAGAAAAAAGAAAAGAAAAAUCAAAACUAUAGAGUGAAUGCAAAAUAUGCAACUGUGCCUUUUUAUACCUUUAUUGGUAUGACUCGUUGGUUUUAACCAGUAUGAAACCAAUUGUACCGAGAAGCUUUCUAAAAGUGGAGGAAAAGUACUUUAUGCUGAAACUACAGUCCUGGCAAUUUUACUAUGAUAGACUUUCAAAUAACAAAAGCUUUUAUCUUGUGGCUUCUUUAAGUAAGCUCAGUCGAACUUUGUCAAGUAUAUUGAUGAGUACCAACUGUACAUGUCAUAGGUGAUACCCUGGUAUAUCCAUCCAUUUCAAAGUUAGCAUGGUCACAUGUCCAAACGGCAGUUUUUUUUUUUACGGUACGGAUACCUUUAUGUCAUGUAACAGUUCAGAAAGGUUUGGCACAAUGCAAAAAUUAGGUUUUUUUUUGUCCCACCUUUAGUCUGAUUAUUAAAAAUACUUAAAAUUAACAGCUAUUUUCUUGACAAGUAAAAAUAUAGUUUUGUUUCUAGAAAUAAUAAAUAACAAUUAAGUGAGAUUUUAUAUAUUAUCAUUAUUUGCCAGUGGGGAAAGUAAAAUAAUGUUAUUCAAACUGAAAACAAGAUUAUUUUACUUAUUUUACUUUUCAAGAGUUCACACUUUGGUGAUGUUUGAUUAAACGCUUGUUUGGCAUGCUGUCUCAUGAUAGAGAGCCAUGAGCUCAAAAGAUCCUCGAGCCCUGGGCUCCCCCCGUUUGUAGGGCGAGAGGGGAAAUUGAGUUCAGGUAGAUCUCAAGAACUCCCCCACUUAUUUCUGGCUAAUGAUGAAUUGCGUUAUGAGGGAUAAAUACUGUUGGCUAAGAACUUGAAUAUGGUGCCAAUUUGGUUUAGUCAAUUUACUUAUGACGCAUGUCUUUGGUCUGUGGAAAGAAACUGGGGAAACCCAUGUGAGCACGGGGAGAACAUGUAAACUCCGCCUAUAACAUCGACUGGCAGAGUAAGGAUUAGAACUAGUAAUGUUCUUGCUGUGAAGCAAUAGUGCUAACCACUGGGCCACCAUGCCACCCAAUCUAGGAAGAUGGGGAGGAAGUGGGGGAUUCUUCAAGAUGAAGAUGACUGUUCUAGGAAGACUAUGAUUAUUUAUUGUGACUUAGGAAACAUCUGAUUGGAGAAUCGUGUGAUAGUUAAUGCAGGACCAGCUGUGGUCAAUCAUAAGCCUGUGAUCCUCUCGAAACUAGUUUAUAAAUAAACUUCACUUAAUUAUGACCUAUUAAUAAAACUAUAUUUUUUAGUUGUCAACAAAAUGCUUUUUUUAUUCAAGAAUUGUAAGAUAUUUGACAUAUUUGGACUAGAAAUGUGGGAAAAAAAUAUCUACAUACUAAAAGCAUAUCUAUUUUGCAGUGAAUUGACACAAUGCUGCAAUGGUGGCACAGAAACAAUGCAAAGAAAAGCAAAGCAUGUCCAUCAGAGAUGAAGAAAACUCUCUUUCAGUUCUUCUGCAGUUUCCAUGAUAUGAAAAAGUAACAGAUAAACAAAUAUCCAAAGGUUUAUGAAGAGGACACACACCUCAGAGAACCAUAGAGUAGACAUAUCAGUUAAAGUAGGAAUAUUUAUCUCUAAAAACUAAAUCGAAGAGAUUGAGACUGAUACCAACCCCUACUAUCCAUGUCAGAAAACAGCACCUUAACUCCUAAAAGACAUGACACUGACUUUGUUGUCGAUGUGUUGAAAUUGCAUUAGCUUAAUCGUCAUUUGCACUCUGAGGUGUGUGUUCUUUAAGCUUUCAACUUAGAAGAUAUAAGACUUAAGUUGUAGCGCUUAGGUCAUAGGACACAUCACAGAUACUGAAAAAAGAAAUUGUAACUUUAAUCAUACUCUAUUUGUCCUUUGACUUGGAUGUUGAUGUAGAAUUGAGGAUUGAUUUUAAUCAUUGUUUUAUUAGGAGUCACUAUGCACGCAGCUUAGCUGAACAUGGUAAAUGUACUGAGCGCAAGCCCACCUCUAUUUAUGAUCUAUUUUACUUCUCUUUUUCUUUUUGGCUUUUGUACAGGUAUUUCUGUAAAUAAAUUGCUUGUCAUUUUUGUCUCUGCAGAAAUUAAAAUAUACCAUGAUACAA